AUGAGGAAGGACAAGUUUGCGCGUUAUACAAACAUAUCUGCUAAUGACAACGUAUAUUUCACACACCGAACCGAGGAAGUGGACAAGGGUAAGCCGAUGUCUUAUAAAAAUAAAACAUAUUAGUGACUCUAAGUAUUGGAACUGAUUAUCCCAUUUUAUAUUUGAUAUUACACCGCUAUUACACAAUGAGAUAGCGCGCUUUACAUUAGUGAUCUGAAUUAGCCUUUGUUCCAGGCUUGGAGGCUUGGAGCAACUCGGAAAUGGCGUAUUGCUUCAUUACAUUGUUUAAAGGAAUCUGUCAAGUUUCUUGUAUACCUUACUACAUAAGACAAUGGUUGUCUUUACACUAGGCUGUUAAGUAAGACUUAAAAGAGCUGCUAAGUUUUAUACGUGUGAAGGCCUAAGUAAAAUCUCAAGUAACUUUACUUUGCAUCUCAUUAAAGUCGGAAAGUUGAAACGAUUCAAGAAUGUUCAAGUGACUUGAAAACCGUCCUUAAAACCGACUUAGCGAACUUGCGGUUUCUAAGCUUUGAGAAAGGCGAAGCGUGUCAAUCAAUCUUAAUUAUGUUGCGUGGGAAAAUAGGCUUAAGUAAACCUGAAGUAAAAAAGAUAGGUUGUGUGUGAAGCUUUCUUUUACUUGAAGAAUUUAAAAUUUACUUGUCUCGAAAUAUUUCUUAGCUUAUUUAGGCUCUAGUGUAAAGACUACCAAUGGUUGCGGUCACAUCUACGACGUAACCAAAGUUUAACUUAAGUUAGUGUCAAGUUACGUGAUGUCAUACCUAACUGUAGUUGGUGCUUUCGGUCGACAUUGCGGUCACACCACGCAGUUAACGACAGUUAGUUCUAAUUAGCGGAUGUAAAUUUUUUGUUUGUUGUUUUUGGUUUCCCCCUCGCUUCACGCUUGGUUAUUAUUUUGCAUAUUUAUAUAUGCUCAUCUCGCACGUGCGAAAAGAAGUGUCACAUUCUGAUUGGUUGUUUGUUUGUAAACUUGAGACUAACCCACGAACCCUGCUUGUGUAUAACUAUAUUUAAGGGCCUGUUUACAUGGAGGCCGGUGGGACCCCAGGUAGGUGAGGUAACCCGCUUUGGUGGGGUCACCCGCCUGUCCAUAUGAUCUCUCAUUUUAAUUUGAUCACGUCUACACUACCAGACCGGGUAACCCUCUCAGCCGGGGUCAAAUUUUGCCAUGUAAACGUUCAAGGUGGGGUAACCCGCCUGGCCGGGGUCGGAUUCGUGAUACAUCAAAUUCGCGCAAAAUUCACUUUGGUGGUGGCUUUGCAUCAUUAUUAAAGGAAACAAUAGAAAGCCACAGCACUGAAUGUUGCAGCAAGACCAGCAAGUGAGUGUUGAAGAGCAUUAAUCGCCAAAACACGUGGUUUGCCAGCAUAUUUCUUGUUUACGUGCUUAGCGACCAUUCAAUAAUCUUGAGAAAGUGCACCCCGGGAUGGCGGGUUGUAAGAUUGCAUGUAAAGGAGGGUUAUUGUUUUACCCCACCUAAGGGGGUUACCUCACCUACCUGGGGUCCCCCACCUCCAUGUAAACAGGCCCCAAGUCUGUAUUGUUUUGCAUCAGCAGAGGCGUAAAUUUUUCUAACUAUAGUUAGAGCGAACAGAGAAGAGGUCACAUUACCGAAAUAGCUAUCUAUAGUUAUCCCCGCAGCCAAUGACAAAUAUGCAAGGAAGCUAUUCGACGGUGUGAAAAUUAAUUACCUACUAACAUUCCUAACACUUCUACAGGUGGAAAGAAAUUAAAGAAGCUCAUUGUCACGAUGCACAUACGGAAUGUAACGCUAGAACACGACAGUACGUUUGGUCAAUUGGGAAGGUACGAAUGUCACGCUUUUGCGGUUGGAUCAUCCUUGGAGCGCAAGCAUGGUUUCAGUGUGAACGUCAUUUUGAGUAAGUUUAGUCUCAAAUUUAUGAAAACACGUGUAACGCAAAACCUCGCGAAACAGAGGAGAUAAAGUGGAAAAAAGGCCAUGAUAAAUCAAACAUGAAAAAAACAAAACUGCUCAGCUGUGAAUCCGUGUCGAACACUGCGCCAAUUCAGCAGACACAAAAUGAAAGCAAAAAUAUUAUAAGAGGUUAUUGAAAGCAUUUUUCCGUAGAUAUAUUUUAAGGAAAAUAAGCAGGUUUUUCAUGGUAAAAAGCCCAUUAGCACAUUUCAUAGCAUUUUACUUACUUACUUAUUUUUUCCUUUUAGGAAACGAAAUUCCUUCUGUGUCUAUGACUGAAGUCAACAUGCUUCAACACGGUGACAGUAUCACCAUCUUUUGCAACAUUACUUUUGCCCAGGACUAUCGGACUGGGCUGAAAAGGAUUUCAUGGUUAAAAAAUGGUGUUGUACAGCAAAGUUUGAGAAACCCUGACCCAGACAACCCUGCAGACACACUGGCGCCACUAGUUAUAAAAAAUGCCGCGGCCAGAGAUGGAGGAAAUUACAGUUGUGAGCUUGAGCUUGCGCUUCGCAAUAUUAAAGCAUACAAUGUAUCAGACAGUACUAUGAUCACAAGUGAGUAUACGAUGAGUCUUAGGCAGUUUUCACUAUAACACUAUUUUGCCAUAAUUCUUGUUUACUUUGUUGAGACAGAGUGCAUUAUAUAUUUCACGCAUGAUCUCACCUACAUAAGAUCUGACUAAUCUGAGAUGUGAUUGGCUGUGCGUCUGGUAUACCAACAAGGCUUAUAAAGUACAACAAAAAUAGAGCGAUUUUUCGUAUGACCUUGAAAUGACAACGAGCGAACAAAACAGAAGCAACAAACGAAUAGAAAAAGGGCGAUUUGAUUGGUUUAUCCUCGAACGGAUACAAACGCGCGUGGCUUUUGGUUGGUUAAGCGAACGCUCGGGUGAAAAAACUUCAUGCUAGCCUGCGUAGUGAGAUGUGGCGGCGGAGCCGCUGUAAUAUAGUCAACGGCCUCGUCCCUACUCCCUUUUUUUGGAACACAGCUCCGCCGCCAAAACUUUAAUCUCGCAUCCACACAAUACCGCCAGCUACGCAGGCUAACCUCAUGCCUGAGAACUUUCUAGAAAUCAUAUCGAUACUUCGCUUUGACGUCAUACUGCAACACGAUUGGCCAAGCGAACAAUCUCUUCUCCUAAUUAGGUUUUCCUUUGGCCGGAAAGCGAAGAGUCCGUGUUUUGAUCUUUUUAUCCAUUGGCGGGUGAUAAAACAAAUAACGAACACUUAUCGAAACCAUUUUUCAAGGUCAUACAAAAAUCGCUCUGUCAACAACAAAACCACGGAUUAGAAUUUGAAAUGUAACCAAUAAUAAAAAUCUUUAAAUUGGUCCUAAACAUUAUCAAGUACAAUUAUUAUUUGCUUUGUAAACAAUACUCUGUAAAAUAGAGUGGCAACGUUAAGAAACGUUUUCCCGAUGGUUGACAAAUGUUUUAAUCUUCAAAUGUAAGUUCUAAGUGUUCAGGGUCUUAAAUGAAUUCUUACCUUUAUUUCAGUUGCUCCAUGGUUUGAUAAACCACAGGAGGAUACUGACUUGAACGAAUUCAAGGAAGAAAGUGUUUCUUUUCAGUGUCCUGCCAAAGGUUUCCCGUUAAACGUUGAAUGGAAGUUUCAGAAGAGUGGUGAAGACAAUAAACGCUCUUGCAUAAGUAAGUGCUGGGUCAAUUGUACAUCUCACCGCUUAACCCUUUGAGCCCUAAGAGUGAUUGGUGUCAAUUUUCUCCUUGUAAUUAUCAAUGCCUUGUAAAACAGAGUGAUUUUGAGAAUAACAGAGAAGAUGAAUUUGCUUGAUAUUUUAUCAACUUCUCCCCACUACUUCUGUAGGAAAUGAAUAGGGGCAACAGAUGAGAAUUCAAGUUUUGAUCUUACGGUUUAAAGGGUUGAACGUCUUUUGGACUCUCCACCAGCUUACAAGAUAGUGUUGUUUGUCAUUAUCUGGGCAAGUAUACAAGAGCAAGGAUAGGAUGUGAUGAUUUGUAAUUUCAGCUACUAUCGAAGGCUGGCGUAAUGAAUAUUGUACUCCCCCUAGUGUACUUGAUGAAGGCGUUAGCUUUGUCCAGGAGGCAUUAUUUGUUUAAAUACGUUUUCACACAGUUUUAAAAGCAAAUGUAAACCUCGUUUAAAAAUCUCGGCAGGUGGCUCAGAUGCAAAAUACCGCAUACAUCGCGAUGGGAUUUACGCGCCAUAUGUAUUGACAGUGAACGACUUGCAGUAUUCUGAUAGUGGAUCUUACUAUUGCUGCCUCCCCUCUAACUGCUCCAAUGAUGUCAAAAACAACUGCCAGCGAUUUGUACUUGGAGUAAGAGGUAGAAAGUAGUUUAUUGUUCUUUCUAUUUGUAAAAGAUUGAAUGGAGAAGGAGAACUCAACCUUGGGUCAGUUACCGGCCAGGGGAGGGGAGGGGGGAAGCCAUAUGAUAGAAAGGGGAAAGUCGUCAUUAGGCCUUUCCCGAUUGUGCUCUGCAACUUUUGAGAAACGGUUGGCGUUUGGAGCAACUUUUGCGGUUCUAGCAACCUCGAGCAAAUUUUGCCUUUGUGAGCAACUUUUGAGCAAAAUAUAGGUUUAGAGCACAUAUCAAGCACGAAAAAGUCAACGAUUUCAUAGAAAACUUCAAUUCACGCGAAUUUCUUGAAUGUUUAUCAAUUUUUUUUUAAUUUUUAAUUUUUUUUAAUUUUUUUUUUAAAUUAAAAUAGCUAAGUUUCCAGCUCUUUUUCGUGACCGAGGCUAGUAAUUAUUGUGAAGAACGAAAAAUAAACCUUUAAGUUAAGCUUAAGUAAGGUCUAAGCCACGAGUCCAGAGUAGCCUUCCAUUAGGAAUUAAUUCAGAAGCCCAUGAGCUCCUGGUCUAAUUCUAAUUUCCUGAUAGAGGACUAUUUUAAGAGGGGGUCCUCUCCCUUGAAAGGUUUUGCUCAUAAAUUAAUUCUUGUUUCUUAAUCUACUCAUUUAUUUCUCUUAGAUGACAAGUUCCGUUGCAAACUGAACCUUGGUUUGUUGGUAGACAUGACUGAAACUAUUUCAUCACCUGUGAAGGUAAUGUAUGUUGUUCUACCUUUCUGGCUUGCUGUUUUCAAAUCACGUGAUCACUUAGCAUGUUCUUUUUUUAAUGAACUGUAACUCAAUAGACGAAUUUACAUUUUUUUGCCUCAUUAGCAUAUGCCUUACAUUCUCUGAUGAAGCUGUUAAAAUAAACUCUCUGAAUAUUAAAAGAGUAUAACAAUUUCAGUUAUCUGUGAAAAUUUGAGCUCGACAUACCGAGUAGUUUCCGCGAAAUCAUCUUUAAAAAAAAUCGAAUUAACUUUACAAAGAAUGUAAAAGCUCAUUCACGUUUUUUCCACCCAGAAAUUUCGCGUAAAAAUUGCUCAAAUUAACCAACUCUUUCAACUUUGGAGUUUAAUUAGGGUAUAUGGUGACACCUUCUAUGGGUUAACUCGUAUGCUAAUAAGAAAAAUUGUAAACAUAAGGGCAUGGUGGCGAUCGUAUCUGGGAAAUCCGUGAUAUGGAAACUGCCGGCUUCCUCAAAAAGGAUUUUUGUUCUUUUUCAUUAAGAUGAACAUAUUUUAUCGCUAACGAAAAUAUUGAACAUAAAUUAUGGAACGAAACAUCAAAUAGUGUUUAAAGUUCCUAGCAUACAGAGUACCUUUUCGUUGUUUUUUGAUCAAAUACUUAUAUUUUUUUCCGGCAGACGUAGAAAAAAACGUGAAUUCAUCUUCAGCUCCUCUUUGAGUUUCAAAUUCAACGUUUUUAAAAAACUUUUCACGCAUUAUAGUGGAAACCGUUAGUUAUGAUUUAAUAAGUACAUUAUUUGACUGUUUGUAAAAUGUUCUGUCUUUUAGGAUGUUUUAUUUUUUAAGAUAAAUAUUUUUGAAUUUUAGGGAAAAGGUGCACAGUUGGUAGUAACCGCAACGGGUCAAAAGUUGAAACAUCAGAGGGGAUUAAGAGGCGUCGCUAAUGGCCAAGCCUUCCACGUGUCAAAUUAUACAGAACUAAAUGACUUGUUUGAUGACUUAACGAAAGUCAUCUGCCAGCGUAAGUGAUAUUUAUAAUGUAACUGAGAGCGGGCUAAAGUACCAAGAAAAAUUAUGACGCGGAAUGUUUUUUUGGCGAUAACUUUCACAUUCUGGCUAUACGUAGAAGUGUCCUUUUCACCACUAUUCUCUUUACUAUUAAUUUGUCCUCUAAUAACCUUCCCAUUAUUCUUCCCUUCACUCUCUAAUGUUAUCGUGGUAUGUUUCCUAGACUGCAAAAUAGUCCGUAUUUGUGCGUAUUCAGGUACGUGUAAGCAGUCAAACAAAAGGUCUGGAACGAGGUUGAGGAUCACGCAUUUCGCGCGCGUAAGACUCUUACGCCAUGCUUUACCGAUUUCUGUACUGAUUUUGAGAGAAAAAACCGACUGUUUUGAAAUCUAUUUGUUUCCUGAGGUCUGCUACUGCGUUUUGGAGGUGUCCCUGUAGUGGGACCAAUUUGUUGCCAUUUAAUUCACUCAUUCAUUUGAUACAGAACUCGACCAAAUGCCACUGAAUAAUUAUUACUCUGUAAUCAUUCACUUACACCGAUACCAGUUCUUCCUUUUUGCAGCGAGGAGACUAGGGUCCAAUUCCUUCCACCACUAGGAAAUGGACUAUAUUUCAGUUACACGGGUGACUCUAAUUCUCCGCAGCCCUUCCAUCCCUUACAUUUGAUGGGCCACCCACGACCUCGUGAGGUUCUGCGAUUCACGUAUUUCUAGUUAUAUUAUUUUUUUUUUCAAAUAAUAAAUCAGAGAAAAAGGCGAAAAGGGAACAGCUACAAGAGAGCUAACAGAGGUAUUGCCGGUAAAUACUCCUCUAGAAAAUUAAACGAAGGAUUUGAAGAACUCGCUUGAAAAAGAUUUACUUAAACUGAAAUCGGUAGACAUGAUGAAAUCUCUAAACGGCUGUGAAUUCAGAAAAGUUUUUCUGUGCGGUCGUCCAGGUUUAAAAGGGCAACGUAAGCAUGAUCCUUAGUGACACAAUUUUGUUCACGAUCUUUUUCACAGCUGUUGAUGGCGGCUUCUCCAAAUGGACCCCGUUCUCUGCCUGUAGUGUGACUUGCGGCAGUGGCGUCAAAGUACGAACACGAACCUGUACUAAUCCUCCUCGUCAGUGGAAGGGAAAGGACUGUGUUGGACCACGACAGGAGUCCAUGGCAUGCAACGAAGGACCAUGCAAGUGAUACACAAAUCCAUGAUCGCAAAACAAAUUAGGUGGGAAAACAAUCAUACUAGGCAAAGCAGCGUGUAGUCAGCGCGCUGGACUCGGGUGAGGGCGCGAAGCUUGCUUUCUGUAUUCCUCAACUUAUUUGAGACCAAAAUAUGUGACUUCCCACACCCCAUUAUUCAGACCAAAAAAAUAUCCAUAAUUCUAGUCCCUGUUCCAAAAACGACAAAUACUCAUCCUAUUUCACACCCAAGAGGAUAAGAUCCAUAUCCAAUUUGGGACCGAAAGAGAACAAUCCAUACCUAUCGAGCCGCAUAACUGCUAUAUAACUCAUACAAGGAGAAACCUUUACUAGUAGGAGUUGCUCCUUGUCACCGAUCCGAGUUGUACACCCCGAUCAGGCUUUAUCAUCUUCUCCAAGUGGGGAUAUUUAACCUUGUUGUGCUAAAUUUCAAUGAAAUUAUCAUUUGCUUGGCCCCAACAGCGCACUUUUCUGGGAUAAAUAGUUAUUGGUUAUAGUUAUUAGUUAUUAUCAUCAAUUUUCUUGCUCGAGAAUAUCUCACUAAGCAUUUACCUAACGGCUAUAAUUUUAUAAAUUUGAUGAUAACGAUUUACGAUGAUGAUAUUGAUUAUGGCAUGGCCAUGGUUGAUUAUAAUGAUUUAUUAGUUCUUAGAAAGCUAUACAGUGAUUGCAUGACCAAGUUCAUUUGUGUGAAUGAUACAGCUGAGCGUGAUCUAAUGUUGAAAUUUUUUUCUUGCAGAACGUGAUCGUGCCCGUACAGAUCAGUGAAGAAGUUAUAUAAAUGUAGUUAGGUCCUACAUAUAAGAAGUCGCAAAGACGUUAUAAGAGGUGUUAUCAAGGAUAUUAUGAUAUCAUUAUUUGGUACACUGUUAAAAGAGAAAAUAAAAUGCUAGUUUGACUAACUUUGUGGUUAGAUUAAUGGAGUACGUGAGUAAUUCAAAGGGCUUGCAAAUAUCUUGAUUCAUGAACCGAAACGAAAUAAACGGGUGUGGUAUGGUUUGCUCAAUGAAGAGAUGGCUGGCCUGUCUAGCAGGAGGUCACGGGCUUACUUCCCGGGAUCGAAGCAAAGCUUAAGCUAGAGUUACCCCUGUCUUGCUGGAGGGCGCGGUCAACAGUGUUCCACUAGCAGAUCUAAGAUUUUAUAAACACCGCCUUGAAUGUGAAAAACAGAACUUUAAAAUGCACUCGUUGACUUAUCUAACUGACCAAAAGACUCACUUCUUUUCCAGUGGUACCUGUCUACGGGGCGGUUCUUGCACGGCCUUCAGUUGUUAAUGAGAUGCAGUCACCCCUCUCACCAUUGGCAUUUGUUGGGGUCCAUUGUGCCGCUAACGGAAGGUGGAAUUUACAAAUGGUAUCCCAAUUGACUAAGGAGCUUACCAUUUCUACCAAUGGUUCGAAUCGCAAGGCAGUCUUUAACAAAUGUAUCACCCAUAAAUGUAAUAAAUUACUAACGAUAGAUGUAAGAAAUAAAAUUUGAACUAUAUACUAGGAGUAAUCUGAGCUUAGAAGAGUACGUUCGAUAUGUUUGCUAGGCGUACAGCAGGUAGCAGUUGAGGAGGAAGGGUGGAUGGUUCUUGCGAUAAAUAACUAUGAUUAUGGCAUAUUUUGAACGUAAGGGUUGCGUACAGCGAAACCUCGCUUUAAACUGUGUAUCACAAUGAAAAGGUUUUGAAGGCUAGUGUUCAGCGUGGUAUCGUAUGGUUCGUCUCGAGUACUUGUUACAGUGAGGAGACACUGGCCAGAGUGUUUCAGGCGUGUAAAACUCAGAACUUUUUGUUCUACAGGCGCAAUAGAUGUUUUACAGGGAGCAGUUGUUCGAAGGCCGAUCAGCGCUUAACCCAGGAUUCUUUUUCUUUUGUUAAAAACAUUUCCUUCGAUAAUUUUCUCAGUUAUUUUUAAGAGUGUCUAAUCAUCAACUUAUUGCAUGGCAAAAUGAAGCUUUUACAUCUGAGUUCAAAUUUUGCACGAACCCUCCUCGCGUAGGUUAUCUUAACCCAGCUUUGAACAACCCGGCCCAGGUUCUGUUAAAAAGCAAACAGUUGACAAGGUUUUAGAUGUAAUCAUUGAUUUUAUUUAAUAUUGGGAAUUCCACAUGUAGGCAAUUACUGAAAUUUACCAUAAAAUGCCGAAAACCGUUACUGGCAAGUCUUCUGAACUUGUGAUGAUAUUAAAGGAAGACCCAAGACCACAUUUUUGUGGUGAAUGAUUGUGCUUGAACACUGGUUCACUUACACUACAUCUCUCAAUUUCACACGUUUCAAGGGAAUCAUCAAAGCCUUCAGAGGAAUGUGUGUGCGGCUCACGUCAAUAACCUUUCCAGUAAUUUGAUCGAGUGUACUCAGUUUCAGUGGCUUGACUGGCGCUGCUGUGGGCUGGUCACGUUUUUCCGAAUAAAUAACAUAGAGCUGAAAUGUUCGUUUGUCCCGGUGCCGAAAAUAUCCCAAGUCAUGAUGAAAUGGUGCCGCCGAGUUUCACAUUUCGGUAGAUUUACUUUGUGGAAUAAGGGGCACCGAGCUAGACAACCUGGUAGAUUUACUCUGUGGCACUACGGCCGCCUAGCUACACAAUUCAACUCAGUAGAUUUACUUUAUGGCACAACAGACGCCGUUGUGCCACAAAGAAACAACCCGGUUUGAUGCAUGCACCAGGAGUAGCACGCAUUUUCCAAAGAAAAAUAUGAAGGCUUAAUCCAAAGUAAAAUUUUACUCAGGGUGUAAACUUUCAGCAUCGUUUUGAAAGAUGAACCCUUUGGAAGAUUCAUUAAACACAGAUCGAUAGUAGACCUUCAGCAAACUCUUAAAUAUGCACGCUUUACGAAGGUUCAGCACACUUUUAAAAGAUGAACGAUUUACGAAGACAGAAUAGCGGACCUCAGCAAACGUUUGAAAGGUGAACGCCGAGGACACACGAAUCACCACGUGAGUUAGCGCGUCAAAGUGAGGCAAAACGUAAGCAAGCGCCUCAAAGCGAGGCAAAUGUAAGUCGACGACGAAUGCAAUCUCGAGAAGACCUCCCUUAUUAAUUGCACAAGACACUCAAUAAUGCACAGAACACCCAACACAAAUUAGGGGUUGAGUUCUCGUACCUCGAACGCAAUAACAUUUUGGCUCACAAUAAAUGUAGUCAAUUUUAACUAUUAAUGUAGUAAAUGGAAUAUCAUCAUCAAAUGAAGUUUGAGAUUGUCAGGAGGUUUUCAGCCAAUGUUUUUUUUUGGAGUUUUUGACGGAGGAUUCAGUAAUAAAACAUAUUCUUUCAAUAUUUCUGUUUAUUUAUGCAAUCCACUUUCGAUGCUUAUUCCAUUAUUAUGUUAUAACUGGAUACCGCUAUCAGGAGGAGAGUAGAUUUGACUAUUGGGGUUUCUUCCUCCCUUUUUUGUGGCAAGGGGAGGGGGGUUCUAAAUAAGUAAAAAAAGGUGAUACUUAUUGUCUUACGGUGAUGUGAGAGAGAGGAAAGUGGACGUGAAUUCCGAACCCCUUAACCUUAUCCCCAAGCGGGCAGUCGUCACACAUACGAAGAAAUUACCAUAUUUAUUCGAUUAACCGCCCUGGGCGCUUAUUAAAUUUUUGGACCUUGACAGUGGGCGCUUAUUGGAGGUGAACGCUUAUUCGAGGCUGGGCCGUAUUAAAUUUUCAACAUUUUCAGCAAGUGUAGUAUGUUUAUUUUGCAACAAAACAAUAAAUAGUAAAAACAAACGCCAAGAUGUAACAAAGCAAGGUUUCUGUAAAAUACUCUGAACAAAACUCCGUCUUCGGGGAAGUAUCUUAUUAGUACUCAUUCAAUUUUGAGGGAUGUGAGGGGAUAGGAUGUGGGGUGGGAGUGGGCGCUUAUUCGAGGCUAGGCGCUUAUUAACUUUUAGUCCUGCCUUUAGGAUGGGCGCUUAUUCGAGGUGGGCGCUAAUUCGAGGUUAGGCGCUUAUUCGAAUAAAUACGGUACCUACGAAAAUUUGAAAGCAACUCUGUUUGGUUAUAACUAAUAAAACUUUUACUCUCUUGAAAAUGGAACGCGUAGAUGAUGGGAAAGCUUGAAGGAGUAAAAUUAAUAUUAGUCUCCAAGAUAUCAAUAUUUGGUAAGAAAAAAUUAACCAUCAAACAUUAAAAAAGGAAGUGUUGUUAUACGGCAUGGUGUCACAACCUUCUAGCAAUGAUAAGCUUCUUUUGAUGAUAAUACUUCAUUUAUAAUCAGAGGAUUUAUAAUAUAUUCAACCGAACGUUUCUGAUUGGUGAAUUAGGAAAGCAUUAACAGUCUACGUAGUGCAAAUAGAGGUCACACAAUGCAAUACCGAAGUGUCUUUGGAAACAAUAGCUAGGAAGAACGAAAUUUGUACCCAUAUACAAGGAAAUACAGAUGGUAAAUACUGUUGUUAUUUUAAUAACCCGCGAGUAAGAACCUGCAUAUUCCUAAGUUAGCCUAAACAGGUUCUCACGUUAAUGUUAAUUAGCACAAAUUUAGGCUAUUUAGGUUCUUAAAUAGGUUCUUAUUUUUUGAAGAAAAAAAUAAAUUGUAGCUUAGAGUAUUUAAUGCCUGUAUACAGCUUAUUCCUUUAAUAAAAAUUACCUGCAUACCAAAUUAGUAUUUAUAGAAAAAUAUGCAAAAAAUGGGGUAAAUUAUCUGAAACAAAGUUCCUUAUUGAGCCCUUAUUGUUCAUCUUUAUUUUCUUCAGUGUCAUUCACCUUGUAGAACCUUUCUUGGGUGUGUGCUCCAGGAGAGGUCAUCUUCAAUUCCGCCCUUACCGGUUUUUCUAGGAGGCCUUAAAUUGUUUGGUCAGAACUUUUCACACUGGGGUUAAAUUCGUCUAAGAACAUACAAGCAGUCAUCGGUUAGCAAGGGCUAAGUUACAUGGUAUUUAAAAAACGUUCUCCAGCUUUAUUUUUAAUGACACAAAUACUGUCAACUGUUUAUGAGACGGAAACCGUUGGUACCGGGACAGAAACCAACAACAACAACAGGGACUCAACCUGCCCUUUUUAGGAAAGUGUUUGGGGCUUGGAGGUGAACGCUUAGAGAGAGUUAACUCUACGCGUGUCUCGCGAGAUGUUUCUACACAAUGUCAGGGUGCGAUUGCUUCGAGAAAAUGUACAUCGCAAAUGUUUGAAAGUUACUUUAUUAGGACGGUACAAAUUUUCUCUUUUCGCUGAGGCCCCACUUUUCCUCGCUUCACUUAAGAGGAUAGUGUAUGUUUUGAUUCAGUUUUUGUCUUCGAUAAAAAUUUAUUUUCCUUUUGUUUCAACCUUAUUAUUAUCAUCAUAAGUUGGCAUACCCACUAGCUAAUAAAAACUGAAGCAAAUUUGAUUUAAAGAAAACUGGCAGAACCACAUUACUUAUUCCGCCACUCCUUCUGGACCAAGAACAUAAAAAUCCGUGCGCACGGAUUGUCUAAAUCUUGAGCAUAAUUUUUAGCUCCUUACUGGAGCUCAGUUCUCUCAGAGAGCGACACGAUAACUGCGUUAAAGGCUUUGGGAGACAAAACACAACACAUCGUAUUCAUACAAUUCCCUUAAGUUUUAUUCCUGCCUGAAAGGCAAGACGAACAAAAUUGGGUUACUUAGGACUGCUUUUGAAUUCAUUGACGUCAUCCUUCUAUCCGAACACACAGGUACACAAGUGUCGUUCUAGCCAAGUAAGAAUAAGGUACCUCCGUAACCCUGUCGGAAGACGGCGUUGCGAUUUAUUCAGUAAGCCUUGCCCAGAACAUAAUUCACCUAAGAAGCUCGGGGGAAAAAGUUUUGACUAUUUAAGCAAUAGACCACACUUUCUAUGGGUUUACCGGCGUGAUAACCCACGCGGGAUGUUGGGAGAACACGAGAAAAGCUUGUAAAUCACGAGCCGAAGGCGAGUGAUUUACAAGCUUUUCGAGUGUUCUCCCAACAUCCCAAGUGGGUUAUCACGCCGGUAAACCCAUAGAAAGUGUGGUCUAUUACUUUUAUAAAAUAACGUUUAGUAGAAUGGAGUCUUUUAGGUAAGAAAAUAUGCUUUUAGUACCGUGAUCAAGUCAUGUCUUCUCUCCAAAGUCAUCAUAAGCCAAUCAUGACUCACGAUUUAAUAGGGCUGAACUUUCUCAAAACUCAGUUCAGUCAAACAACAAACAACAGCACUUCAAAACACGAGUUUUUGCGCUCAUUACAUGAUAACUUAUGAAGGCUGUUUUACAGGAAAAGUCAACACAUAUUCAUGUGAACGUACAAUGAAAGAAGACGUUCAUGGUUUGUUUACUACAGAAGUAGAAAUUAAUUGAACAUCAGACUGUACGCAGCUGUAUUUUGUUGAGUCGAUCCGUAAAAUUUCGUGCUUACAGACGGAACUGGCAGCUAUUGUAAUGGAGGACUUCAUUCACUUUUUACAAGCCGCAGUGGUUUAAGAUCUGUUUUCUGGACUUUAUUAUGGUCAAGAAAUGCUGCGGUGACGACGUGGCUGCAUUUGCGAAGUUGUCGCAUGUAACUUUAUAUGCUCGUACAGCGACCGAUGGAAAUACGUCAGUGGUGAAGAAAGGUUUCUUUGCCGUAGCAACAUAUUGGCGCUAAUAUUUGUCGACUUGUGAAGUCAGGUGGUUUGAAGUAGGUUAUGGCAUCGAUAUCACCGAAUAAUUUGUGCAAAUGUUGGAAAAAACCAGCCCGAAACUCUGACAUCUUUCAUCAUCGUUGGCAGCUUGUUUACAACCUACAGCGGCGGAUUUUGUACCAUAUCUUGAUCAGAGAUCUCUUUUUGGAACAAUUUCUUUCAUUAAGGAAUUUAAUUUUGACAUAAAAUAAAUCAAGAAUGCUAAAACUAUCCGUUUUGAUGCUGGUUGGCACAUGGUUAAGUUUUCCUAGAGACUUUCUACACCAGAAAUUCACACAGUUGUUGUCUUUCUCUGCGAUUUGGCAUCGUCGUGAAAUGUAAACUGCUUUCCAGCUUUGUUCUUUAUAACGUCUAAAACUAUGGCAGUCACAAAUUGUGACCCUCGGUAAUAAAAAUUGCUUUUAAUAUUAAGAAGGGCUACGGUAAGUAACUUGUUUUGUUUUUUAGCCUUUCUAAAAUCGUUGUUUGCAGAUCAGUAGCGGGUUUUGUUUAUGGCUCGUGGUCCGGAUGCCUUUUUCUAUGGGUUUACCGGUAUAAUAAACCAUAGGUUUUUGACCAAUCAGAUCACGCGUACUAUCUCAAUUAUUUUAUAAAGUUUAUUAUCUAUCUAUAUCUUAAAGUCAAAAUAAUAUUAGGUUGCGCACAGUUUUCUGACAAGCAAAAUACAAGAUUAUCUUUUGUUAAUCUUCCUUAGAUUGGCUUCCAGUCUGGAGGAAUCACGAAUUUCGGAUUGCUUUGUAACAGAACUUUCGUUUUACAAAAUUCUGGAAAGUUAAAACUUUAAAAAUGAGAACUGCAUUUUAUAGGAAAGCUUUGGCUUUUGGAGAAUGACGGUACGCAAUUGUUCAGUCUUUGUUAAUUUACGGGCCGUUUUAAUUGGCUUUGAGACUUACAAGAUUGUCUUUUGCCAAUAUUGCAUUUUAACAAGUGCAUCCUCAAAGUAAAGCGUUGAUUGACACGAUUCAAGAGCUAGUUCAAUGCCUUUGUACGUUUAAGUAGACAGAUCUACCGAAAUAUUUAACAGUGAGUGUUCUCCGUUUCACAAAAUAUGUAGACAGUCCAAUAAUAAUGCAAAUUAAACUGAUAAAAUAUAUCGGCACUUUUACCAUUGCACGUUUGUCACUGAUUUUCACUUGAUGCUGGUUUACGCUAGGGUGAAAAUUGAGGUUUGUACAAAGCGUAUUUUUUCUGAUGUCAUUUUGCAAAACAAGAGGUGAUUAUAAUUCGCUGAACUAGUGUUUUCUCUUUCUGAUUUCAGACAUAAUGAAUUCUCCAAUGAGGUGUGUAAUGGUUGCGCUCGGAAUUUUGAUGGUUUCUGUGAAGGGAUUGUAUGGUAAGGUGCCGUGCUCGAACACACCGAAGUAUACAUUAAGAGCACAAUCCCGAUUCCCUGUAACCCUGACGGUUCCUCGAACCUCCCGAUAUUUCGAACAAGACUGAAUUGCCUUUUCAAUUCAAACUAUGUAAUUUUCCCCCUUCAUUUUUUAGAACCUUUCAAUAAUUCGAAACAAUUUUCUUUUCCCGAGUAGGUUUGGAACUCAUUAUUCCACUGUGUAAUGCACUAAAUAAAUUUGUUCAACCUUGUUCCCAGAUCUUCUCUCUACAGCUGUAGUUCAUAAGAAGCUCAUUUUGACCACGUUCAAACUAUAGAGAAACUUGUGAAAACCGUUUAAGUAAAGUCCUUCUAAUCUUACCAACGUUGCUAUUUUGACAUAUUAUCAGGAGUAUUCACUAAAAUAAGUUCUACGGGUCCGUCAGUCCGCACCAUUUUCAAAUGAAAGCACUUUUACACUUUAAAGGCAAAAAAUCAUCGAGCGCAAAAGCUAUAUAGAAAACUAAAAAGAACAUGUCUCCUUUAACGUUCGCUCAUGUUUCCACUUCUUGGUGAAGGACCCACUCACACUCGAAAAAGAAAAAACAUCAAACAGUCAAGUUUUCUUUUUUUUUUCUCUUCAUUAUCUUGCCUAUUUUAGAAACGUUUCUUUUCGUUUCUGGUCGUUUCGCUACAGUUUAUUUCGCUGCUUGUCAAAAUCUUAAACAGUCCCGAACAGUUAGCUGUGUUUUAUUAACGGGAAAGGGCGCACUUAGCGGUACCGUGCAUUUUCCAAGUAAUUUGCUUCAAAUACGGAUCAAGCAUUUGAAAUGCAAAGAAAUUUCAAUUGCUUGCUUAGUUUAUACUUCCCGACUUUUUAAUAGAGAGGGUAUAAGUUAUGAAUUCCUGUUUUUCCCCCCCAUCAGUCGGAUAUAUAAGACGUGACAAGCUUCAUGAAGACAGAGGGCUCCGAGAGGGCCAUGGAACGAGUUAAAGGAUUUCGAUCUCAUAAAUCACCGUCCAAUAUUCAGGGACAAAGAAGUAAAAGUUUUUAUCUGAGUGGUAAUGAGUAGAAAUUUGGAGCACUUUAAACUAGCUACAGAUACAAAGGAUGAUCAUAACAAAUAUCCGAAUAAAUAGAGAAAUUCGCUCUAAAGUCAAAACGCAUCAGUCUGAUAUAAAGUUUUUGCUUUUUUUCUCCCCCAGCUUUCGAUCGCGACACUUUUGGGAUUGGUGAGCCAUUUCCUCCAAAUAUUUAUCCAAUUGAGUUCACUUCUGCCCAGGUUACCUGUGUAGCCUUUGAUUCAGCUGGAAUAAAAACUCCUGAAAGGAUACAGUUCAUGAGGAAGGACAAGUUUGCGCGUUAUACAAAGAUAACUGCUAAUGACAACGUAUAUUUCACACACCGAACCGAGGAAGUGGACAAGGGUAAGCCGAUGUCUUAUAAAAAUAAAACCUAAAAGUGACUGUAAGUAUUGGAACUGAAUAUCCCAUUUUAUAUUUGAUAUUAGACCGCUUUUACACAACGAGAAAGCGCGCUUUACAUUAGUGAUCUAAAUUAGCCUUCGUUCCAACGUCACCGUCUUCCGUCAACCAAAGAGCGGCAAGUUGUCUUAGCAAUCAUCAGGUUUUACCCAGCAUUCCUUAGUCAUGAGGGGAACACGUAUCUUUAAAUUGGCCAUGUCCGCGCGCCAUAAACUCUCACGUUCAAAACGAGGCUAAGAACAAAACCUUGAGAAAAUGAGUUUUAUUUGCACAAGAAUGAAAAAUCAUUUUCCGAAAUCAAUGGCUUCGCAGUUAGUCUCGCUUUGAGGCUUUGAGCAACUCGGAAAUGGCGUAUUGCUAUUACACUGUUAGGAAUCUGUCAAGUUUUUUGUAUACCUUAUCCUGAAAUAAUACAAUGACAAACAUGCAAGCUAUUCGACGAUGUGCAUAUAAUUAUGUAACCUACUAAGAUUCCCAACACUUCUACAGAUGGAAAGAAGAUAAAGAAGCUCUUUGUCACGAUGCACAUACGGAAUGUAACGUUAGAGUACGAUAGUACGUUUGGUCGAUUGGGAAGGUACGAAUGUCACGCUUUUGCCGUUGGAUCACCCAUAGAACGCAAGCAUGGUUUCAGUAUGAACGUCAUUUCGAGUAAGUUUAAUCUUAACAUGAAUAGGACACCCAAUGACUGUUUUCUGUAAAAUAUCUGUUCGGAGAAGUAAACAUUGACCAGAAUUUUCUUUAACUUGAGGACGGCUAAACAUUUCUACAUGACGGUUCAAUGCAUGUACAAUUUUUGAAGCUUAUCUAAUAAAUUGCCUACGAUUUUCUGAAGUUUAAUUUUCACAUUUCUCUCCCUAAGUUAGGUUAUUUUUCUUAGAAAAAGGAUUAAAAGAUGUGAUGGAGAGAGGAAUCAGAAAAAUUCUCACUUCCGUUAUAAGUUUUACUUGAAAUUUUUGCAAUUUGAUUGACUUAGAGCAGUGGUAUUUCAACUUAAUUUGAAAUACCUACAUAUGAAAAUUACAAACCUUUUUGCGGGUAGUAGUAAAAACAAAUAAUAGCAUAAUUUGUACGUGAUAUUUGGCAUAAAUACCACUCGUGAUCUUUCAAAAUUGUGUCAUAUUUCACUCGCCUAAAGUCUCGUGAAAUUACGUAUUACAAUUUCGAAAUAUCACAAAGUGGUAUUUAUGCCAAAUAUCACUACAAUUAAUGCUAUUACCUAUACAAAUUACAUCUAUUAUACUACUACACGAGAAAUUUCUGCAAUUUGAUUGGCUUAGAGCAGUGGUAUUUCAGCUUAAUUUGAGAUACCUACAUGUGAAAAUUACAAACCUUUUAUAGGUAGUAGUAUAAACAAAUAAUAGCAUGAUUUGUACGUGAUAUUACCACACUCAAGCUUUUAUUUGUUUACAUUCACAAUAAAUAAAUUACAAAUACAGACUACCUGCAAAAUAGCGGCGCUAAUAGAGGCAGGUAGUAUGGAGACGUGUCUAUUACCCAAUAUACAAAAUUAUUCUAAUGAAAUAAAGAUAUACAAUAAUUACGGAAUUACAGAGAUUAAUUACAAUAAUGAAUUCAAAAUAUAUUAUUCUAAUGACAUAAAGAUACAAGAUAUUCGAUAAUUACGAAAUUACAGACGCGAUUAAUUACAAUUAAUUUAUAAUGAAUUCAAAAUACAAUAAUUACAAACGGCUAGAGGAGGGAUAGAAAACUUGAAGAUAAAUAGAAACAAGCAAAAUUUAAAUCCUUUUUAUUAACAAAAGAAAAGUUUAAAUUCUUUUCAUUUCGUUUAUAAACGUAUCUAUAUCAAGAUAAGAAUCCUGUUUUUAAGAAGAUUUGAAGUAAGGAUUCAAUAAUUUUUUUCUUGAGUCUGUAUUUUGGGAGCUGUUUCAUAACAUCUGGAAUACACUGUUCCAAAUAUUUGCGCCCAUAAUGGAAGAAGAGUUCUUGUAGUGCCGGAAUUAGUCGAGAGUUGUUUAUAUAGACAUCACCAGCGGUAGAAGAACAGGUGUUGUGAUGAUGAACACCUUUAGUAGGGGUAAAAAGAUUAGAACUGUUAGAUGGCACGACUUUGUUAUAGACAUCAUGCAUUAAGAUAGAGCAAUUUUUAAAGUAGAGUAAGGGUAAAGGCAAAAUAUUGGUGGAGAUAAAAAGUGUAACAGCGUGAACACUAAACUUUGCAAAAUUCAUCAAACGGACAACCCGCGAAACUUUCAUGUGAUAAUUGUCAGCGGAUGUCUGAUUUUGACAGCUGUCAAUCUAAUCGUACUCAUACGGAUGGCUUACGUAACUAAAAGGCUAGUCAAGUUGUGCAAGAUCUAUUGUGACAUUUGACAUCGGCUUACAUGAAGUGUGUGUACGGACGGGCGUACGCUACGUCAUAACCAAAUUUUCUUACCCAUGGUGCUCCGCUGCGCGCGCGCGGGAGCUCCGCUACUAAUGUUAGACGCUAUAUAUGUGGCUGAUAUGAUAUUUCCAACAAAGGUUACUAUCCAUCAGGACCCCUAGGUACUUAACAUAUGACUUACGUUAUAUACUUAUCAAUCUAUUUAUUUGGUUGUCAUAUAUCUUUAGUUUAACUUCAUAAUAUAGACGUUUUUGAUAUGGGUAAAAGAUAACGAAAUAAGUAGUUUCUUUAUAUUUGUGGAUAGUUUAUUUGCGCUUAGCCAGUCACAGCACCUAUCAGCAUACAACAAAUUUUAUCGUAAGCAAAUAAGUAAAAUCCUAGUUUGUUUGAAGCCGUUUAAAUGUCAUUAAUAUAAAUCAGAAACAAUAGAGGGCCCAAAACAGAAUCUUGUGGCACACCACAAGACGUUUCUCUCUUUUAGAAAUAUAGGAACCGGCAUGAGUGGUUUGGUUUCUUCCAUUUAAGUAUGAACAAAACCAUUUAUUGAUUACACCACGAAUUCCGUAAUGAGACAGCUUAUGAAGUAGGAUAUGAUAAUCAACUGCAUCAAAUGCCAUUUGCAGAUCGAUGACAGCCCCUCAUGAAAACAUGCCCUUGUCCAUGUUUCUUUGAAUUCUAUUUACAAUGUCUAAGAUGGCAUGUUGCGUUGAACAUCUUUCACGAAAACCAUAUUGAUAGUUGUAAAAUAUACUAUGUUUGUUUAAAAAUUGUUUUAGACGAUCAUACAUAAUCUUUUCAAAGAUUCCAUUGAAGACUGAAAGAAGAGAAAUAGGCCGAUAAUUACACGGGUCAGUUUCAUCACCAUGAAAAUGGGGAUAAUUCCAGCAUGCCUUAAUUUAGAGGAGAAGAAUCCUCUCUCAACUGAAAUGUUUGGCAUGAAGACCACUUGUGAUAUUUCAAAAUUGUCUCAACGUUACGUAUAACAAUUUUGAAAUAUCACUCGUGAUAUUUAUGGCAAAUAUCACUACAAAUCAUGUUAUUACCUGUACAAGUUUUCGGGAACAUAAUACUGAGGCCCUUGUAACUUCGAAAAGGCCCAAGUCCCUCUAGGAUGACCGAACAGACACAAAUUUUACAGCGCGGCUUAGAAUGCAUUUCUAGAGAUUUAAGAGUACUAUGGAUAACCUAAAGGGUGUUUUCAAAGUAUUCGUCGUUGUGUGCCCCUGUCUUAAAUCUAGAAACGAGUAACGCAAAACCUCGCGAGGCAGGAGAAAUAAAGGGGAAAAAAGCUAAUAGAAAGCAAAUAUGAAAAAAAAUCUUCUCAACCGUGAAUCGAACCGGUAUUGUUUGCUUCCCUGUCGAAAACUGCCCCAAUUCGGCAGACACACAAAUGAAAGCAAAAUCAAAUCAAAUCAAAAUCAAUUGCAAAUCCUUUAUUGAGACACAUAACACCCAGGAGCACCAAUUGCAAAGAUGACGUUAAAACGUGUACGUUUGUGCAAAAUUAAAAAAAAUGUAAAAGUAUACAUUACUACCAUUAAAAUAGUUACUAUAAAUAGAUCAACAAAUUGGCUAAAAGUAGAAUCUAAAAUUAUGGCUAUUUACAGAAUUUACAAGCCCUACACCAUGCGAGCUUUAAGAGAUCGCUUAAACGACGCAAUGUCAUGUGACUCCCUGAUUAUCAUAAGAAUUUAUUUAAAGCAAUUUUCCGUAGACAUGCUGCUGCUAAACGCCAUUUUAAAGCUGGCCGAUGGCCGAGCCGUAUUAGGAGGCAGUCUCCCUAAAAGUGUUCCACUCGAUUUCGGACUCGAAAAAACUUUUGCCUUAUAUUUUUAUCAUCAACACUACUAUCCAUCCUAAUAACGAAAUUGCAGUUAGAAUGAGGAAAUUGUUUAUUUUACUGCCAUUCCCAGCAUUUCAUUGCUGGACGACCGUUAGCGGCUAAAAUAUGCAAAUUUUAGAUGCCGUUUUAGAGGUUUUUUUAACGAUCGUUUAUAAGUACUUCGGGUCAUCAAAUCCUAGACUGUUCGCACUCAUUUGGAAGCAUAUUACUUCUUUUUACUGUUCCAAUACCAUUUAGGCAUUGUCUUUCUCUAACCAGCAAAAACUGGUCUUCUUUAUUUCACUAACCCAGUUAAGAAAGCAAAAUGCACGAAAAAAUGCCUCAAAAACUUGACAAAAUUCUCAAAAGUGGCACCUCAACUAGACCUAACAACAUGUUUUAGUUAUAGAUUAAGAGCUAUUUUGUCAAGUUAUGAAAUAAAACUCUUGGCACAAUGCGAUUCAGAAUUGAAGGAUUCGACUUGCGUAUUGAAUUUGCAUAUUGAUGCUGAAUUCGCAUUGCGUGACACCGGCCGCUGUGAUUGUAAAAAAAUUCUUCAUAAUCCUACAAAUGACAACUUUUCUGUUUUUUUUUUGUUUACUUUAUUAACAAGAAAAAUCGGAAAUAGGUCAAGCUUAAAGAAGAUUAAGUCUACUUUUCCACUGACCUUCGUAUUAAUAGUCUCGGCCGGCCGUCCUUUGUUCGACUCCCAGUAGUUGACCUUCUUGGUAGUAGGGUGGGUCGGGAAAAUACGCAUUACUCCCUACCCCACCCCUUCGCCCUUUUCUUACUCGCAUCUCUCGAAGAGUCGCCCCCACAGUCUGAACGCCUGGAAGAGGCUAUUCGACAUACUUCAAUCGGGUUUUAAACGAACAUUUUUGUUUUACAGAUAACAUUAACGAGAACCACGUUUCUCCUGUCUAGUGACAGGUGGAAGUAUUUACAUUUUGCAGCGAGAAAGUCCUUCACACAUUCACCUUUACACUUUAUAUAUGAGACGAUGGUACACGGUAGUCCUUGAAGAAAAAUUAAGAAAAAAUAUAUGGACUGGAGUUCAAAGAAGUAAAAUCAACAACCCGCUAAUCACGUCUACGCCACAAUAAGUCUCGUACUUAUAAAUUCUUAUCAAGUAAAUUGUUAUUUUCCCUUUAAAAAAAUGAAAUCAGCUGUGAAAUGUACAUUGAAUUAAGUUAGUGUCCGGAUACCUUUAGGAAUUUGACAGUAGUAUUGAAAAUUUUUAGAUGUAUAAAUCUACCGACCUUCGAUCACAAAUUACCAGUGCUAUGCUGGUAAUGCUGUAUGCUAUCAUCAAUUCCGCGAUGGACAGUGAGUGAAGUGAAUGAGUAGUCUGACAGUGUUCGGUUGUAACCUGUUUAUACCACCACUAAAUAAAACCGUUAGCCUGUCAAGUUGUUAAGCUUUGAACAACUAGGGGAUUUAUCUUUGACUAUUUUAGGGAAAUUUGUACCAGAUCUUCGUUUCCUCUCAUGCAAUCUCGCUCGUUUUUUUAUUAUUUUUGUAUUUUUUUCAUAAGAUUUGUGAAGUAUUUGAGUUUUUAUAUUCUUUGUCAUAGCAUCUCGGUAUGCUGAGACAUAAAAGCAAUAAGAUCCUCUCUGAGUGGCUCAACAACAUUAUCCGCGGUACCCUGGUGUAAUAUAUAGAUUUAGCCAGGGCUAAAAGCGAAGCUCCCAUUAAUAAAUUUAUAUUUUAAAUCAAACAAUAAACUUGUAAUCCACAAAUCAGUUAACUUAAGGGCACAUUCAUGAGACUUUUGAGGGAAAGGAUAAGUUAUUUUAGAGUGAAACAUCUUACAUCGAGUCGAUAGCCUAAAUAUAUGUACACCCAAAAAAUAGCAAACAUCUUCUAUCACAUUCAAGAGCCAUAAUGGCUCUUGAUCACAGUAGUUUAGGCCUCGAAAACAAAUUCUUGGAAAACAAAUCAGGCCGCAUUUUUUUGCGUUCGACAGGUUUACUUUACAAAUCCUUGCCAACAAAUCUGAGGGUGUGUAAACCAACCUUUUAUACUUUUUAUACGUCACAUCUGAGGUGAAACAGUACUUUUUGUCAUACAGACCUCGGACAGAAUACGGCAUUUCACAUUUUUCAAUGUCCAGGACGAUCAAUCGUGGGCUUUUAGCGAAACCGUUCAAAAAAUUUCAAAAAACACCCAUACGGCCAGCCGGUUCUCAUUUUUAGUGCGAGCUGUCAGUGUGGUCGAGUGUUUGAAUGAACUUUAAUGGAAAUACGCUUCAACAUAAUAACGAAUUUAUUAUCAUUACUCUUUGUUAUUUAAUGGUUCCAGUUAUAACGAUGUGUAAUCUUAUAAAGGGUUUGAUACGCGCGACAUUUCUUCAGAUACUCCUGCAAGCGAUGUUCAUGAAUGAUGAAAACAAACACCACGGACAAGCGAUUAAAAUUGCAAGAGAAACUACUAACAAUCAAUAAAAGAAAUAUAAUUCGGUAAAACAUUUACAGAGACAACAAUUUUCCUUCACGAAGACAAGUAUUAAAGUGUCUCUAAAAAUCCUGAGUCUUUAAGCUUAAAGCUUAAGCUUAAGUUUAUUUUGUUUUACUUUCAGCCGGCCUCCCGGUGUUUGUUUUUUUUUUUUCAAAGAUGAACUCCUCGAAGCAAGAAAAUCACUCAAAGUUUUCUUUCUACAGCCAAAUUUAUAACUAAAUAUUCUUCGGAACGUUUUUUUUUCUAUUUGCCGUGAAAAAAAAUCUGAAGGCCUUUUAAAGUUCUGUAAGCUUAUAUCAAACCUGAUCGAUACUAGAUCAGAUCAUUGACUCAAAUCUUAACAAACGUACAAAAACUUGCCGCAUAAACUGAGCUCGACUACAUGAAAUUAGAUAUAACAAAAACAAACAUCAAAUACAAUAAUUACUCAGGCUUACCAUUCGAGAUUCAGUUCCUGAAAGAUAUCAAGGAAGGCCAUAGUUGCUUGAGACUUUUAAACCCUCUUACGCAUUGAGCAAGGUGAAAGACGAAAACGAUGCCAUCCGAAAUCGGAUUACCCAAUUUUGACAAGCGACGCAUUUCUCAACCAAAAACCCAAUAAACAAACCAGCCAUGGAUAACAGAAGACUCUUGAUGGCAGCUGUAUUUCAUUUUGUACAUCCAGUGGAAAAAGACAGUUAAAAACAUCACAAGUUGACACAAAACUCUGUCAGCUUUAGCUGUCAAAGUAAACAACUUUCAAGAUGCUGCAUAAAUUUUCCGCGUGAACUCACCUGUCAAAUUUUGACCAAUCAGAGUACAAAAAUUGGACGUAGAGCGUGACCAACGCGUGACCAUGGUAAGAAAAGGUCUUCCCCGCCUUUAUUUUUAAAAAAGUGGCUGAAUUUUCGCGUCCGAGGUCAGUUUGAAAUCAAAAUCUUGACAGUGCGGGGCCAUAGUGACAUAAACACAACAUAUUUCAUAUGAAUCAUUGGAAAAAAUAGACUUGAGCCUGCGAUCAUUUGAAACUGACAAUUUGUCAGCGGAUAACUUCAAAAAAGUACUCGAUCUCGAUGGGUCGACACUUGAGCCUGCGGUACGGUCAGGUGACACUGGUCAGCGGAUAUCCUGUUUUGACAGCUGUCAAUUGAUCACAACAUUGAUGUACAAUUAGUUUUCUAUUGGGCUCCCAAACUAGCUAGAAAGUGUGAUAGAAAACAUUGGUUUCCCUGUGGUGCGGACGGACGGUCGGGCGUACGGUCACGUGAUUACCAAAUUUUCUCGGAUGGGUAGAUUACCACAUUUCCUUAGCUAUGGAGCUCCGUCCACACGCGCGCUUCGCGCGCGGGUGGAGCUCCGCUAUCAAAUGAGCUUUGCACCGGAGUCGCAAAAACGAAAUGAUAAACGCGGUGGCCCCUAAUUUAGUAAAAUCGAUAUCAAUAUGAAUUUGGAUCCACACGGAGGGUCCAAAGGCCAAGUUUUAAAAAUGUGAUCCUAGAUCCUUCAGCUGUUGUUCAGAUGUAUGUAUUUUUACAACAUUAACGUGGUAGAAUGAAAGCGUCUGUAAGAACAGGGUAAUAACCGCUAACAAGACGUGAGACGAGAAAAGACGUAAAAACAGUGUAGGGAUCUCGACCUGGAGAAAUGUUCAUACUGGGGAAGUCUUUGAUAAUGCCGGAUUCAGACUUCGCGUCAGUUCUCACCUCUACUAAUCGUUCGAAUUCAGAGGUUUUUGUCCACGUUGGGCUUCAAUAGAAAAUUCUGUCGGUGAAUUCUCCAUUGUACCAAACAAUUGUUAUGAGUGCUCUCAGUAAUGCCUAAAGGUAGGUAAUCACGAUUUUGACAAUUCAUGUAACUUCGACUCCACAAGGUUUAGAUUAUCAAAGGAUGCGCUUGUCACUUUCUGUUUCACGCGUGUAUCUUGUGAUAUUCAAAUCCGUCAGCUCAUAAAUGAUAUCAAAUGUGCAAGUGCAUCAGCUGACCGUGUAAUUUUAUGCCAUAGUGCAACAGUGAUUAAUGUCAGGAUAUUUGACGUAAAGCCUUUUCCUACUUUUCUCCAUAACUUCAUUAUGUUUGGAUCUUCACUUCCCGCAUAUUUCUAAAUAAAAUAAUUGAGUGGACUACUGAGUUUAUCAUUGUCUGAACCUGAAAUUACGAUUACAACAAUACCCAUCGGCCCUAAGGAACUAGUGAUAAGGAUAUUAGAAAUGAUUUUACGAUAUUUUACGUACGUGAUCCCAUCCUUUAAAAUAGAUGGUAAACGAUCUUCGCAAUCUCCAAACCAAUUACAUGCCUGUCCUUGGUCCUAAUAUUGCUUUCUUGGUCCUCUAUGCGAAGAACGAGGUGGCCGCCAAUAUCGUCCGAGUUUAUAUGCGAUAUUUUUGGGUAAUCCCCGGGAGGACUCCCAUAUAAAAGUGAAGGGGCUGCUCUUCGGAAAAUCAAUUUAAACCCCCAAGGGAGGCCAAUGUGGGUGUGGCUCAAGCUUUAACUUACCCCUAAAGGAGAUUUCUGUCAGGUCAGCGUCACGGCUUUUUCUUUUUUUGCAAAUUUCUUUAUGCACAGCCCUAAGCGACACCUGAAUGAGCAUAUUUAGUUACUUUCUGUCCCAAACAACCGAAGUGAGACCAAAAUUCUGCAAACGACGAGCACCCACGUCACUUUUGUAUGGGAGUCCUCCUAGGGAAGCAGAUCACCACCUGUUCUACUUGAUUUUUAGUAAGGUCAAUGAUUACCAUCUUUUGACAGCAUUGGCUCUGCUUCUCUUAGUUCAGACUUCGAUGGAUGACAGGUUUCAUGGUGAGAAGUAAUGGUGUCCUGACAUUCGUGUACUUUUAUCAGUCAGGAAAAACCGCGUGAACUUCCGCACUUUAUUUUCAUGUUACUUUCACUGAUGUUGCACGAUUCGAAACUAUAAAUGUUGAAACUUUAUUAUUUGCGUGUCUCAACUUCUUUAUUAACUGGCUUCGAUACAAAACUAACCUUGGACUCCGGACUGUCUCUUGGAGCGUGAAAACAAAAGCUGGCCACUCUUAAUAGGAAGAAACAGUCAGUAAAAGGAACAAACCUUCUAACUGAAAUUUCAUUAACAAAGGUCUUCAAAUGUGGGCUCCUGAUCAGUGGAAGGUAAACAAAGGAAAAAUAGUAAUUCGCCGUUCACAGUCCAGUGCUGUCGCCCCACGUUAGAGAAUACAAGACAGUCUUGGAUUCUGGUCCCAUUCCGUGUAUUCUGGAUUCCGGGUGCUGGAUUCCAGUCUUUUCCAGUGGAACUUGGAUUCUAGAUUUCAUUCCUUAGUGGGGUACUUGAGCUCUAUUCUGGAUUCCAAAGCCCUGAAUUCCGGAUUCCGCAAGCAAAAUUUUCCAGAUUCCGGAAUCCCGAUACCCUUACAUGGGGCAAAGUACUAGUCAAACAUUUUCUGCCCUGUUCAUGCAUACUUAAUUAAGCAGUGGGAAAUUUAUUCUUCUUCUAACGUUCGAUUUUAAAAUGUGAUGGAUCCGAUUAAUUUCUGAUCAAUACAGCUUUUUCAGACUGGACCACAUUUUAAGCUAGAAGAGGUUUGGUUAUGAAAAGGUAUUUUUCCGUCUUGACAUAACAGACUUGAAUGUUUGGGGCAGUGGGAAAUUAAAUGAAGCUUGGAAAGGUAUCUUUUACUUGCUGAACUAACUUUUGGACAAUAUAUAUCAUUGGCAAAGGGAAAAAGGGAAUUUUAAUAUGGUUUUGGUGGGAAAAUGAGGCAUAUCUUACUUAAAAGCGGGAAGUAUUUGAAUAACUGAGGAUUUUGCUGUGACAGCAGCCGGUUCGUCACGCAACGCAAAUUGAACAUUUGCCUAUUUAAAAUUUGAAUUGAGACCUUCAAUUCUGAAUCGCGUUGUGCCCCAAGUUUUAUUUCAUAACUUGACAACAUAGCUAUUAAUCUUUAACUAAGACAUGUUUUUAGGUCUAGUUUAGGUGCCACUUUUGAGAAUUUUCUGAUGAUUUUGAGGCACUUUUUCGUGCAGUUUGCUUUCUUAAUUGGAUUAGUGAAAUAAAGACGACCAGUUUUUGCUGAUUACAGAAAGAUAAUAGUCCAGCUGUUAUCGACCAAAAUUGUUCACUUUUAUGAUAAAAGCAUGAAACUUUGCCAGAUUACAACCAACCCUAAGACUAACAUUUUUGAAUAUGGAGCCAAGCCAAAUGCAACACUGGACACAAGCACUGCGCAGGCCCUAAAAUGGCCUACAUGAAAACGAGGCUGUUAGUGGAAAUCCUUCUAAAAUACCAUUUUUGAGUGUUUCUGUAAAUAAAAGUUGUAGAUAUUGUGGAAGAAGAGAUUUGCUUUACUGUCAUGUUUUCUUUGGUGUCACGUGACCCCUCCUUCCAAAUAUGGCGGGCUAUUGUUGGGUGUCCUGUGCUGAAGCUGCCUUCUGUGCAUUUGUGUGUUUAAAGGGGUGAGAAGGGGCACCUUUUCAGGCAAGUUCAAAUGAUAACACUCUUGCAACUAUUUUCCAAUUAUCAAAGGCUGUUUUUUACCAUACAAAUGCAAAUCAUUACAUGAAAACGAGGCAAAAAUAUUUUCAGCGGUUUGAAAAGCCUCCAAUUAGCCGUGCGUGCAGUCAUCUUGAGUUGGAUUCAUACACCAUUGCCUAAAAGCCUGAACUGAUCAAAAAUUGUGAUCGCAUGGCGUUUUUGUAGAGUUUUUUUCGCCACAGAUGACAAUCGAAAGUCACAUGACAUAGACUUUUUCCUUAAAUAUGCCAUAUUGAAGGAAUUGAAGAGCCCCCCUUCCUGUAGUUGUAUCCUCAAGAUAAUCACUGUAUCUUAAGAGUAGGUUGUACACCAGUUUUGCCAAUGGUGAAUCGACACCGUCCCAAAGAAGCAGUUUUUAUUUCAUUUAAUGAGUUCAUAGCCACAGACUGCCUCGAUAUACCCCUUAGUCAAAGUUAAAACCUUUAGACUUGUAUGCCCCAGAAGUGUUGUUCCCUACACAUAUCCCAUUCAUACACUGCUCGACAGGUAUGUUGCAUGAGCACUACUCGAGUUGAGGAAACACUAUGAAGGUCACUUUGUCUUCUUUUUCACUUCUUGCCUCGUUUUAUUGAAGAUCACGAGGGCUGGACAAACAAACGCAAGUGCAAGCCGAAAAAAACAAUUGAACUAACUCUUUCCCCAAUCGCUUUUGUUUGCACUUAACGCUUGUCAACCAGGAAAAAACAAGUGCAGCCUACGAUCUAGCUGUCUAUUUGGGGCUAUCGUGAAACGUCACGUGUAAACUGCACUCAAAAGGAGGCGCAAGAGGGAGGGGGUGUUAAUCGAGAGAGCUUGCUCGCAGGCUAACGCAAACGCAAGGUAAAAAAUGUCUGUUCGACGUGGUGGGAUCUACGAUAAUCAAAUGGGCUUGUGUAUCUCACUGUGCUUGAAUUUGCAUUGAUUACGUGAAAAUCGAUUGUCCUUAAUUUCUCUUUCAAGAAACAUAUCCCACAAAUUUUUCGAUUACAUUCAUUCAGUUGGCAAAUGAUGUCAGGGAUCUCAACACCAAUGCAGGCUUAGAUCAGGACUCAACGCCCACGUGACACUGACAUCAUUUUCUUUGGUGUCCAUACUAUACAUGGAUAACUAAAAUAACUAGCAUCGCCUCAUUGGUGGAAUGGGUUCUGAUUUAACUGUUGAUGAUCACUCAAACUAAUAUGAAAUGUCUGGACUACGAAGUAAUUGUCAGCCUGUUUCAGUUUAUGCAAACAAGAUGCAAGAGCGUUAACUUAUGUUUGGUGGGAUGUGUGCAGCACAGUUUUAAAGUAUGCGGAAUAAAUUUCCUUAGUAAAAUCUUAUUUCGCCAUUUGAAUUCUCAUCUUCUUAUUCAUGGAAAGAUUUCACUGUUUCGAUUAUUAUUCUUCACCGAUUUUAGAAGGGUGUUUCUGUUUUGCUUUGCACAUAAAUUGAUACACAGAUUCGUUACUUGGUGCACCUACCGUCAUUUUGAAUAAGAUGACUUGCGGUUAUAUAAGCAAUGAAUGAGCCACACCCUUCUUUUCAACCCAGUUCUAUUACUGAGCUGCUGUUCAUCUGGUACCGGUAAACUGCCCGCUGAGCAUUUUGAACAAUAUGAGGCUCGCGGAGUAUGAGCUGAAACUAAUCUUUGUCAUUACACAUGGCGCCAAAUACCCCAAGCAGCCUGUCUACAGAAAUAAGUGGCUCGUGGAAGAGAUUAAAAUGCUGUAUAUACGGCUGCUAUGAGAACGAUGAUCUUAGGGUUGAGUGGGAUAAUAAAGCCGCCCAAGUCACAAAACCCCAUACGCAUCUCUUCCUACCCACUGCAAAUCCUUAGCAUUUUAAAUUUUUCAGUAGUUUCCAUUUUCAUUGGUUUCUGAUUAACUGGUCUGUUGAGGAUACACUCCUAACUCCCCUUUGAUGUCUGUAGUAGAAAAUUCACUUGUGGGUGUAAAGUUAGCGAUAGAAACCAGCUCUAAUGGUUGGAUGUUUGGCUAUUUUCCUUUGAUCUGGAACUUUUUGUCACAUAAAAGGUCAACUUUUCUGUGGCUGGAUAGAUGCACAAAAUGUUGACAUUAUCAACUUUUGUAACAUUUUUCUCGGCUUAGAUGAGUACACGACCAUGGAUUUCAUUUCUGUACCAUUUUAACAUAUUAUAGUUCUUCCAAUAUAAUUGGUUAUGAGCCUUUCAUAUGAGGUAUACUUUCCUAAAUUGAAAAACAUUAACCGAGAAGUCGAUAAUUGAAUUUUAAACUUUCCCUUAUUAUAAGAUAACGAGCGCUCUUUGGACCCAAAGUGUACCGCCUUAGUGUUGCAUCACGUCUAGUACAACGACUUGAAAUGCGCAAAUCAUACAUGGUAAUUUUGUGAAAAUUAUUCGAAAAUUCUCUUUCAAUCGAGUGGUAUUGUAGUUGCCUACAGCUCAUGUGUCUAAAUUGUAAUUUAUCUGAGAAAUUUUUUAAGCACCGCUUCUUUUGCUGCUGCUGCUCCUCAACCAUGGAACUCAUUGCCCUACGCGAUUAGGAGUAGCCCCUCAGUAGCAUCUUUUAAAAAGACACUAAAGACAUUUUUAUUUCAGAAAGCUGUGAUUUUAUGUGCUUUUUAAUCUCGUUUUUAGUUGGUUUUAUGCAGUUUUUUACGAUUUAAGUAGUCUAGGUAAUUUUUAUAGUUUUAGUGUUGACAAAAUUGUUUUAACUCUUAAGGGGGGAGAGCUAUUUGGGCCGGGCUACCUCCUGGAUUCAGCUCUGAACCUUGUAAUUGACUUUGUUAAUAACUGAAAGGAGAAUAAAAUAGCUUAAUCAAGUAUCCGAACGUGGAGGCAAGAAACUGGAGGCUAGCUUUUAAGCUCAUCUAAAGGAUUUUUGCCUAGUUUUUGAGCGGCGCUCUACAUUUAGAUGGAAAACAACAGCCAGAGUGCCAUACAAUCACAACUUUUGAUCAGUUCAAGCUUUUAUGCGAUGUUAUCUGAAUCCACCCCCAAAUGACCACACGCAGCGCUAACUGGAGGCUUUUCAAACAGUUUAAAAGAUUCUUGCCUUGUUUUCAUGUGGUAAUUGACAUUUGUAUGAAAACAAAUCCAACCCUUGAUAAUUGGAAAAUAGUUGCAAGAGUGUUAUCAUUUAAAAUUGUGUGAAUCGGUGCCCAUUCUCACCCCUUAAAACGCACAAAUGCACAGAAGACAGCUCCAGCACAGGACACCCAACAACGGCUUCGCCAUAUUUGGAAGAAAGGGUCACGUGACACCAAAGAAAAAAAGACAGCAAAGCAAAUGUCUUUUUCCACGAUAUCUACAAGUUUUAUUUUCCAAAACACUUAAAAACCGGUAUCUUAGAAGCAUUUCCACUGUCAGCCUCGUUUUCAUGUAGGCCAUUUUAGGGCCUGCGCAGUACUCGUGUUCAGUGUUGAAUUUGGCUUGGCUCCAUAUCCAGAAAUGUUAGUCUUAGGGUCGGUUGUAAUCUGGCAAAGUUUCAUGCUUUUAUCAUAAAAGUGAACAAUUCGCUAUAUUUUUGGUCGAUAACAGCUGGACUAUAAUGCCUAAAUGGCAUUGGAACAGUAAGAAGAAGUAAUAUGCUUUCAAAUGAGUGCAAAUAGUCUAGGAUUUGAUGACCUGAAGAACUAUAAAACGAUCGUUAAAAAACCUGUAUAACAGAGACUAAAAUUUGCAUAUUUUAGCCGCUAACAGUCGUCCAGUAAUGAAAUGCUGGGAAUGGCAGCAAAAUAAACAAUUUCCCCAUUCUAACUGCAAUUUCGUUAUUAGGAUGGAUAGAAGUGUUGAUGGUAAAAUUAUAAGGCGAAAGUUUUUUCGAGUCCAAAAUCGAGUGGAACGCUUUUAGGGAGACUGCCUCUUAAAUAUGAAUUCAUAUUUAAACUUCACGUAUUUCAUCGUAUUUUACUUAAUUGCUCACAUAUUUUUCAUUUUAGGAGACGAAAUUCCUUCGAUAUCUGUGACUGAAGCCAACAUGCUGCAACACGGUGACAGCAUCACAGUCUUUUGUAACAUCACUCACCCCUCGUGGAGUUCUCAGCUGAAAAGGAUUUCAUGGUUAAAAAAUGGUGUUGUACAGCAAAGCGUGGGAUACCCGGACCGAUACUCUUCCGUACCGCUUGUUAUAAAAAAUGCCGCGGCCAGAGAUGGUGGAAAUUAUACUUGUGUUCUUGAGGUUUCGCUUCGCGGAAUAAGACAUUACAAUGUAUCAGACGGUGUUAUGAUUACAAGUGAGUAUACAAUUAGUCUUUGGUAGUUUCCACCAUAAGAACAUAGUUGGAAUGGUGAAACCUCAUUGAAGGGACAUAUUUUCACGCAUGAAUUCUCACCUGCAAAAGAUCUGACCAAUCUGGAAUGUGAUUGGCUGUACAUCUGAAGUGUAAGCAAGUCUAAGCCAAUAACAACAAAACCAGGGAUUGAAGUUUGAAAUGAAUAGUUUUAGUAUAAGGAUAAUUAUCUAAACAAUACUCUAAAGAAAAUGGGAGAGGUAGCUACGUUAAGAAACGGUUUUCACGAUGGUCAUACGAAAGUUCUAAGAGUUCAUGAUCUUAAAUGAUAUUCUUACCUUUUUUGCAGUUGCUCCGUGGUUUGAUAAACCACAAGGGGAUACUGAAUUGAACAAAUUCAAGGAAGAAAGUGUUUCUUUUCAGUGUGCCGCCAAAGGUUUCCCACUAAACGUUGAAUGGAAGUUUCAGAAGAGUGGUGAAGACAAUAUACGCUCUUGCAUAAGUAAGUGUUGGACCAGUUGUGCAUCUCAUCGCGUAAACGUAUAAGGCCAUCCCAAUAAAAUGUUUCGUUUCCCAUCGCCCCGUCUCUUGUGAUGGUGGGUCGGUCGGUCGGGCAAAAAAGAUAAAGGCCGGGCCGCUAAAUAAGAAAGCCUCAAGUCAACUCGAAAACGUGGUCUUUUCGACUAUCAAAUAUCUAAACAGCCUUUAAAAAACGUUGUAUUGAUGUUAAUCAAAAACAAGAACAUCACAUCAUGCCAAUUGUUGUUAACAAAACAAGACAGUGUGCUUUUAAAUUAAAAUACUUGCUUCUUUGACUAGUGAAUCUGGAAUUUCUGUUUGUUUACUUUUUGAAAAAAAAUGGGUCGGUCGGGCGAUGGGAAACGAAACAUUUUAUUGGGAUGGCCUAACCUCUCCACCGGCUUACAAGACUGGUGCAUAUAAUUACUCCUAAAAAAGUGGAAUAGGAUACUUUUGUUUGCAUGUCAAUGGCCGUUUUUAUGCUAGAGACGUUAAAGUCGUCUAGACGCAUUUAUCGUCUGAGACUUUAAAGUCGUCUGUUAAGUGCCUCGUUCGGACGCACUUAACAGAAGACCUUAAAGUCAUCAGACGUUAAAGUCGUUUGCCUUAUUUACCGUUUUUAUACUAGACGUUAAAGUCGUCUUAAGACGACUUUAACGUCUCUAGCAUUAGCCUGCGUAGCUGGCGGUAUUGUGUGGGUGCGAGAUUAAGUUUUGGCGGCGGAGCCGUGUUCCAAAAAAAGGGAGUAGGGACGAGGUGGUAUUUCUCGCGGCUUCGCCGCUCGUGACGGCUCCGCCGUCAAAUCUCACUCGACUACUACACAAUACCGCCAGCUACGCAGGCUACUCUAGCAUAAAAACGGCCAAUUAAGUUAAUCAAUAUUCGAACAAGUAUAAAUGAGUGAGAAUGCGUUCAUAGUAUCGAGGUGGUCCAAGUAAAGGAAGUUUGUACUGUACUUAUUGAAGCGUUAGUUUUGUUAUGGGCCUUUUUUCAAUAGGGAAGUUUGUUCUCAGUUUUAAAAUACCUUUACAGGUGGCUCAGAUGCAAAAUACCGCAUACAUCGCGAUGGGAUUUACGCGCCAUAUGUAUUGACAGUGAACGACUUGCAGUAUUCUGAUAGUGGAUCUUACUAUUGCUGCCUCCCGUCUAACUGCUCCAAUGAUGUCAAAAACAACUGCCAGCGAUUUGUACUUGGAGUAAGAGGUAAAAAUCUUGUUUUCUUUUUCUCUUUUCUGGAAUAUUUCCACAGUAUUUAAAAAAAAGGUGGACUACAUAGAGAGAAAUCAAUCUUCGGUCAGUUAUCCACAAAGAUAACACCCAGGAAGGGUAUGCCAUUUGAUGGGGAAGGGGGCGAGGGGGGGGUGUCUGCCGUCUCGCCUAGGGUUGAGCAGGUUUUGAUCUCAUCUGGGGAGCUCACGAAGGAAAGCUUUUAUUUAGUUUCUCUUUCCGUAUGGUUUCCUUUCGGGGUCCGAAUAAACCCUGAGCCAACCCUGGUCUUGUUUGGGUCGACUAUUUUAAUCUUCAGUUCCUCUUGGGAAUUAAAAUGGCCCCAAGAGAAGCUGAAAACAAUGCUUAUGCAAAAUUUUGGAGCAACAAACAAAGAACAUUACGAUAUGUCACGGUAUUUUCUGGGUCUUUCUGUAGUGGUAAAUAAAUGGGGUUUAUCCCCAGAGACAUCGCUGAACGCUUUGCUCAUAUAUCGAUACUUAUGUAUUAAUCCUAAAUGCUUCAAAAUACAACAAUUAAAUAGAAGGAAGUAUUUUAAUACUCCCUUGUAUUUUAUUGUAUUUUUAUUGUUAUUUAAAAAUAAUGAUUAAAAAAAAAAAACAAGAAGCUUGGGUGUUAUAAAAAGAGCGAAAUUCUCUGGAGAUGUGAAAAAUAGUAGAAAUCUCUUUCACACAGUUGUUGUCUUUCUCUGCGAUUUGCAUAGUCGUAAAAUGUAAAUUGCUUUCCAGCUUUGUACUUUAUUACUUCUAAAGCUAUGGCAGUAAUAAAAUGUGGAAACCAACGCUUUUGAUAUUAAGAAGGGCAGGGUAAGUAACUUGUUCUGUUUUUUAGCCUUUCUAAAACCAUUGUUUGCAGAUCAAUAGUCGGUUUUGGUUAUGGCUCAUGGUCCGAAUGCCUUUUUCUAUGGGUUUACCGGUAUAAUAAACCAUAGGUUUUUGACCAAUCAGAUCAAGCGUACUAUCUCAGUUAUUUUAUAAGUGAAGAUAACAGGAAUAUUAUGACAUAUCGUAUAAACAUUUGAUCUCAUAUAAUUAUCUGACUUUCCUUAUUUCUCUUAGAUGAUAAGUUCCGUUGCAAACUGGACCUUGGUUUGUUGGUAGACAUGACUCAAACUAUUUCAUCACCUUUGAAGGUAAUAUGUGUUUUGCUACCUCCUCACCUGACUGACUGGCAGUUAAGAUGUCACACGGUAUAUCGCUUUUCAGUGAACUAAUACAAUGAUGAGAACUUUUCUUUAUUUCGCAACGAGUUCUGGGCAGUUAGGGUCACGUAAACAUUUUGGCAAAAUUGCAUUCUCAUUUCAAAAAUGCUCAUUUAAUGGAACCAUUAUAUACAGUGGGGGUGGGGGUGGGAGCGUUAUUUCCUUUGGAACUCGAGGCUUAUUAUCAGUUUGGGUCAUGUGACCAAGAAAAUGAAUAGUAAACUAAGGCGUGUUUCACAAAUAAAUAAACAAAUAACCAAACAUUAAUUUCCUUUAUAUUUCCUCCCGAAAUCUCAUAAAUUUUUCUUAAGACGUGAUUUAUCACUUUUAAGAUCGUACUCAGCGGUGGUAGCAAUCGUCUGGAAAUCAUAUGAAUACCGCGGCAUCUUUAGACUGAAGCAGUUCAUGAUACUUUCAAUUUAGUACUUGGGAAAAUACUGAGACCUACCGACCUACCAAGCAUCUAUAUACGGAACAAAACAUCAAAUUGUUUCCUAGCAACUUAUAAAAUUUUAUAUAUUGAGGGAUAAAAUACAUUAUGAUUGUUUUCGCCGACAGAUGUAGAAAGACGUGAAUUCAUCUGCAGCUUCCCUUUCAGUUUCAAAUUCCACGUCAUUAGUUAACGUUUCACACAUUACAGUGCAAGUCUGUCAGUUAUGCUUUAGGAAGUACAUAAUUUGACUGCAGGUAAGAUUUUUUGUCCUUUAGGAUGUUUUUUUUUUUUUGUCCUUUAGGAUGUUUUUUUGUCCUUUAGGAUGUUUUUUUCUAGCUUACGUUACAAUCCAAUUUUUUCAAACUCAAACGCUUCUUUGACACAGUCUGGCAGUCUUGAUCCUGACAUUAAUUUUCAUGCAGUUGAGACACCCUGCGACUAUUUUAUUGAAAAUCAAUUUAACGAAAUGCUCAGACGCGAAAAUUAUUCUGAUGCCGAUUUCUCUUUCCUACAUCUUAAUAUUCGUAGUCUUCCUCAUAAUUUAGUAAAGCUGACUGACUAUCUAUCAUGCUUAAACAUAAAAUUUUCUGUAAUCGGAAUUUCUGAGACCUGGCUAAACGAUUCUGCUCAUUCGGUCGAUAUUAAUGGUUUCAAAUUUCUUCACAAGUAUAGGCAAAAUAGAACUGGAGGUGGGGUAGGGCUUUAUAUUUCAAACGAUCUAGAGUUCAAACUUCGAGAAGAUUUGUCCCUCCAUAAUGUUGAUACUGUAGAAUCACUGUUCAUUGAAUUAAUAAGACCUCGAGAAAAAAAUAUAAUUGUUGGUAUUGUUUACAGACCGCCAAAUCAUAGACUCGACGAUUUCUUGUCUACAAACAAUGAGUUGUUAGGUAAUAUCUCUAGAGAAAACAAAAUAUGCUUCCUAAUGGGGGACUUUAAUAUUAAUUUAAUUAACUACCAAAAUCAUCACCUCACAGGCCAAUUCCUAGAUGGAAUGUACUCUAAUAUGUUUUUUCCUUUGAUUACGCGUCCCUCGAGAAUUACUUCACAUACUGCUACGUUAAUAGAUAAUAUUUUUGCGAACAACUUUUUUGAACGUUCGAGAAGCGGCUUAUUAUUUACUGACAUUUCAGAUCAUCUACCCGUCUUCUCAAUUCAUUCAGAUAGCAGAGGCGCUUUAAAAAACCGUGGUUAACGAAAGCUCUUCUUAAAUCAAUUAAAACAAAGAAUAAACUUUACAAAAAAUAUCUUCAAGUUCCAACAGUCGACAAUUGUUCACUCUACAAAAGAUACAAGAACAAAUUGAAUCACACCUUGCGUUUGGCUAAGCGUCGGUAUUAUGAAAAGAAAUUGGAAGAUGCUAAAUCAAAUACACACGCGACCUGGAAAAUUUUAAACGAAGUCUUAAAUAGAAAAAGUCGAGGCCUCAAUUAAAUACAAUAUUUAAAUCAGACGGUCAGGAGAUUUCUGAUCCAGUGGAAGUAGCAGAUAGGUUUUGCAGCUACUUCUCUAGUAUUGGUCCCAACCUCGCUAAGAAGAUACAGCCUCCUCCUUGUUCACAUAAAGAUUUUCUAUCUGGAUCAUUUCGAGAAUCAAUCUUUUUUAGCCCAACAACAGAGGAUGAAAUUAUUACCAUUGCUCAAUCUUUUGCUUCCGGGAAAGCGGCUGGAUAUGAUAAUAUUCCAAUGUCUAUAAUUAAGGAAUCCAUUCAAAUCAUUUCGGGACCUCUGGCUCACAUUAUGAAUUUAUCGAUCGCUCAUGGCGUUGUACCAGAUCAAAUGAAAAUAGCUCGUGUGGUACCACUGUUUAAAGCUGAUGACCAGUCACUAUUCACUAACUAUAGGCCUGUCUCGGUUCUACCAAGCUUUUCAAAAUUUCUAGAGAGAAUCAUCUAUAAUCGUUUGUAUGAUUAUUUAACUAAUUUACAUAUUCUCUGUGAUAACCAGUUCGGCUUCAGGAAAACCACUCUACGACGCUUGCCUUGAUUGAUUUGCAUGAAAAAAAUUUCAUCUGCUAUUGAUCGUGGUGAAUUAGCGGUUGGUGUCUUUUUAGAUCUCUCGAAAGCUUUCGAUACAGUCAAUCAUUCCAUCUUAUUUGAUAAACUUGAACACUAUGGUAUACGUGGCUUGGCUCUGAAAUGGAUUAAGAACUAUUUUUCCAACAGACUUCAAUUUGUAGAAUACAAUGGUUAUGUUUCGUAUCGUGCUAAUAUCAUGUGUGGCGUUCCCCAAGGUUCAAUACUAGGGCCUUUGUUUUUUCUACUCUACAUCAACGAUAUAAUCAACACGUCAACAAUAUUACAACUGAUAUUAUUUGCCGAUGAUACAAACGUAUUUGUGUCUCACAAGGAUAAAGACUGCCUCACUAAUAUACUGAAUGCUGAACUAAAUAAGUUGUCAAUAUGGUUUAGAGCUAACAGGCUUUCAUUAAACUUGAAAAAAAACCAAAUUCAUUGCAUUUAAACCAUCCCAAAAGCGUACAAAUCAAACUAUUCAACUUUUAAUUAAUAGUCAAAAAAUUGAUCAAGUAAAAGAAACAGUUUUCCUGGGAGUAAUCAUGGAUGAAAAUCUAAAUUGGAAAUCUGAAAUCUCACAUGUCGCCAAUAAAGUUUCUAAAUGCACAGGAAUUAUUCGUAAAUCCAGUUUCUAUUUAUCCACGAAAACCUUACGAACACUAUAUUUUUCUCUAGUCUAUCCAUACCUUUUUUACUGCAACUUAGUUUGGGCCUCUACUUACAGAACUAACCUUAUUCGUCUUGAGAUUUUACAGAAACGAGUGAUCAGAACUAUAGCUAAAACCACUUUCGAUGCACAUACUGAUCCAAUCUUUCAAAAUCUUGGUAUCUUAAAAUUUCAUGAUAUAUACUUAAUACAACUAGGCUUAUUCAUGUACUCCUAUCAAAACCAUACUCUACCUUUAAAAUUUCAUUGUAAAUUUACCUUACAAAGUCAAAUUCAUUCGUAUAAUACAAGAAACUCGUGUAAAUUUCGUCUGCCUUUCUGUCGUACUCGAACCAAGCAAUUUUCCGUUUUUUAUCAAGGACCUAAAUUUUACAACACCUUAAACACCAACAUCAUCAACGCUUCCUCACCUUUCUCCUUUAAAAGAGCACUUAAGGCAUUUAUUUGUAAUAAUUAUUAGUAUACUUCAACAAAAAUCUUGGGAAAAAGCCUUUUAAUAUUCAACAUUUGUACAUGUAAACUUCCGUAACAUUGAUUAGUUUAAUUUUUUACCUGAUAUUAUAUUGUACCCGUCGCCGUAAUUUUUAUGCCAUCUUUGAAAAAUUGUAAUUGAGGAGGCCUAAUUAACAUAAGCUUUAUAGUUUCUUUUAGGCCUCCUCGCCAUCUCUUCCUAUAUAUAUAUCUUUUUUCUUUUGGCAUCUUUAAGUAAUUAUUGUAAUUGUGUGGCAAAUAAAUAAAAAUACCUAAAAAAAUACCUAAGGUAAAUAUAUUUUUUCAUUUUAGGGAAAAGGUGCACGUUUGGUGGUAACCGCAACGAGUGCAAAGUCGAAACAUCAGAGGGGAUUAAGAGGCGUCGUUAAUGACCACGCCUACCAUGUGUCAAAUUAUACAGAACUAAAUGACUUGUUUGAUGACUUAACGAAAGUCAUCUGCCAGCGUAAGUGAUAAUUAUAAUGUCGUAUUAUGUGGAGGAUGUCCGUAAGGACGAAAAGGCAGUGUUACUUAAACAGACGCUAUCAAAUUUUUUGGCCAUUAACGGGUACUGAUCAAUGAGUGAGCUAUUUUGGCUUUAUUCAAAAUAAACAGUUGGCCCUUGUAAUAAAUCUUAUUAUUGUAGCUUAUUACAUCUCUUAGUUAGUAUGCGCUCUGCUUUUGAUCAAUUUUGCGGGCCGUUUACUCCAGUACGGCCCACCAAAUUUGAAACUUUUUUCUGCGGUCAAAAUGUCUUCGGAAACGUAUUUUUCAAAAGGUUUGUACGCAGACAGAGAAAAACGACGGGACACUUUACAAGAUGAAGAAAAUUUGCCAAACUUUCUUGUGCAAAGGCGAAAAAGUAGCCAGCGAAAAGAGAGCUAAAGACGUUUUGUCGGUAGAUGUUCCUCAAGAAAAUUGUUUUUAGGCGGGAUAAAAAGUACUCGCUUUAAGAUGUAAUUGAAAUCGGUAGUUCUCACGAAAUCUCUAGCUGUAAAAGACCUAGAGAAAGUAAAUUGGUGCCUAUUGUCCCUGUAGGGUCGUCCAGGUUUAAUGGAGCAGGGUGCAUGAUCCUCAGUGACACAAUGUUCACGAUCUUGUUUCACAGCUGUUGAUGGUGGCUUCUCCGAUUGGAGCGCAUUCUCUGCCUGCAGUGUGACUUGUGGCAGUGGCGUCAAAGUACGAACACGAACCUGUACUAGUCCUCCUCGUCAGUGGAAGGGAAAGGACUGUGUUGGAGCAAGAAAGAAGUCCAUGUCUUGCAAUGAAGGACCAUGCAAGUGAUACA